AUGGAAGUCCAAAAAAGCAAAGAGAGCUGGUCCCUGAUGGUAAGCCCGUGGGACAUGGACGUGGGUGGACGACGACGUACCUCGCUCUGCAGCUCCCGUCCCGAGUCCCGCCUGCGUACAGGCUGCAAGGGUGGUGACUAUCUUGAUGCCAAGAAGAACCAACGGAAAAGAACACCAACGGGUGUGGAAAAUCGAGGCACGGACAGAGACAGACAGAGACGGACCUGGAAGGGAUGA